CUGUUUCUCGAGUAAAUUUGUACUUCUUUCUCAGUUUUUUGUCCAAGUUUUAAAUAUUUAAUAAAUGGAAUUAUAAUUAUGUCAUUCAAUAAUUUACCAGAUAAUUGUCUUUGGAAGAUUUUCGAAAAUGUUCAUGAGGCCAAAGAUUUGAUUCGAUUGUCUAAAGUUUGUUCGAGAUGGUCCGAUUUAAUUACGCCGAGACUUAAUCAAGUAAAAUAUCUUCGUUUGAUAAAUGAUCAAAAUGAUUACAUUGAUAAGGACUCAUUGUGUAUAAAUUAUCGUACGGAUUGGAAAGAUUACAAUUUAAUGGAAUCGUUUCCGAAUCUUAAGAUUAUAGAGAUUUCGUUGCCUGAUCAUCUUACAUUUGGUAAUUUCAACAAAAAUCCUAAAAUAAAAGGACUGAUUGAUAAUUGUAUUUCCAUUGAAGAAGAUUUUAAAUUUGAAAACAUCGAAAUGUAUUCUUCAGGAUGUUUUGAUCUCGAUUAUACAAAAGUUUUUCGACCUGAUCAGCUGAAACAAGUUUACUGGCACUGUUAUGAUUUAAAUUUACCUUCAUUUAUUGAUUAUUUUCCAAAUCUGAAGCGACUUCACUUGGAGCUCUAUGGAGAGGACCAAGUUUCUUACAAUGGACCGAAUUUGUCUUCGUUAAAGAUUCUUGAAUUUAGUUCAGAUUUGGUCGCCGGUUUUCAUUUCAUGGAUUUUUGUCCAUCUUUGGAAAGCGCUUUCAUUGGGGACUGGGCAGAGGAUAUUUUUGUAAAUGAAUCGAUAAAGAAUUACAAUUUAAGAGAUUUGGUUUUCGAUAAUGAUACAGAUUUUUCGUGGUCAUUACUACAAAGACUACUUUCCAAAUUUCCUAAUUUACAUCAUCUUGGGAUCAGAAAUAUGAAUGAGAUUAAUGAUAGUAAUUUAGAAGAAUUGGUAAAAUUAUUACCAAAGUUGAAAAUAUUGGACUUGAGAACAUGUGUUAAUGUAACUGAAAAAUCAGCUGAUUUUCUGUCCAAAUUUUGUGUCGAGAAUCGAUCAAUUGUAAUAUAUUACGAUUGUGAAAACGAACCCACCGAAUGGCCUAAAUUGGUGAAUACUUGCGAACCAAUUUGUUAUGGAUUCGAUUUCAUGAAACAUUGUUUUUAUAAAGAUUUCAACCAUCUUCCAUAUCUCAUUGAUGAAUAAAAAUCGAAACACAAUAUAAUAACACUCAAAAGUUCUUUUUCGCUGCUUGACAAAACAAAACACAAACACCAUAGACGAUUGGCCCGUCGAUCAUUUGAAGAACUGUUGUAAUUGGAUAGUCCUCAAGUUUUCAUAUGCAUGAACUUUUCCAUUGUAAAUUUGUGUAUCCAUGAUGAUCACUAAAUGAGAUUUGAUUGUUAAACUGAAUGAAAGUGAUGCUGAAACCACGACAAUAUAAAUAGCUACAAUAUUAAAUAGCUCUUCAACAAUACGACGAUCAUCUCCUCUUGCUAAAUUUAAUUCGACGAUUGAUCUUUUGAAAAUUAAGUUGUUUUCAUCGAUGAGAAAGAAAAUCCCAAUUUUAGAUCUUACUGAUGUUUCCUUUUGUCAAUAACUUCGGCCAUGAUUAUUAUUAUUGCUUUGAACAGUUGAACGUUUGCUACUGUUAAUGUUAUUAUGAAAGUUUUUCGUGUUUGUGGUACACUUAUUAGUUGAAGAAGAUGAUGAACCUCUUGGACGCCAUCCAGGAGGCCAUAAGGGACGCCAUAGUGCUUGGGCGAUGGUUGGUGCAUCCGUGGGACAACAACUUGUAUCACCAGUUUCCAAAAUUUUGGACGGCUCUAAAUCUUCACUAAAUGAACGUUGAUAUUGA